GCGUCCUUCCGGCUGCUGGCUGCGCUGUUCAGUCGCUGUGUGCCCUGCUGCGGGCCUCUGCCAUGCCGCCUCUUCUGCGGCCCCUCCUCCUCCUGGCCCUCGGCCUGGGUCUGGCCAGAACGCUCAGCUCCAACGAUCCCAAUGUCUGUACCUUUUGGGAAAGCUUCACCACCACCACUAAGGAGUCCCACUUACGCCCCUUCAGCCUGCUGCCAGCCGAGUCCUGUGACAGGCCCUGGGAGGACCUCCACAGCUGUCCUCGGCCCACGGUUGUCUACCGGACUGUGUACCGUCAGGUGGUUAAGACCGACUCCCGCCCACGUCUUCAGUGCUGUGGGGGUUACUACGAGAGCAGCGGGGUCUGUGUCCCACUCUGUGCCCAGGAGUGUGUCCAUGGUCGCUGUGUGGCUCCUAAUCGGUGCCAGUGUGCACCAGGCUGGCGGGGUGAUGACUGUUCCAGCGAGUGUGCCCCGGGAAAGUGGGGGCCCAGGUGUGACAAGCUCUGCCACUGUGGCAACAGCAGUUCCUGUGACCCCAAGAGUGGGGAGUGCUUUUGCCCCUCUGGCCUCCAGCCCCCCAACUGCCUCCAGCCUUGCCCCCCUGGCCACUAUGGCCCCGCCUGCCAGUUUGGUUGUCAUUGCCAUGGGGCAUCCUGUGACCCCCAGAACGGAGCCUGCUUCUGCCCCCCCGGGAGAACAGGACCCAGCUGUAAUGUGCCCUGUUCACAGGGCACUGCUGGCUUCCUCUGCCCCAGAACCUAUCCUUGCCAAAAUGGAGGUGUCUUCCAGGUCCCCCAAGGCUCCUGCAGCUGCCCGCCGGGCUGGAUGGGUGUCAUCUGUUCCCUGCCCUGCCCAGAGGGUUUCUAUGGACCCAACUGUACUCAAGAAUGUCGCUGCCACAACGGUGGUCUCUGUGACCGGUUUACUGGGCAGUGCCACUGCGCUCCUGGCUAUGUCGGGGAUCGGUGCCAUGAAGAGUGCCCUGUGGGCCGCUUCGGGCAAGACUGUGCUGAGCCCUGCGACUGCGCCCCUGGGGCCCGCUGUUUUCCUGCCAAUGGCGCGUGUCUGUGUGAACAUGGCUUCACAGGCGACCGCUGCACUGAACGCCUCUGCCCGGACGGCCUCUACGGUCUCAGCUGCCAGGAGCCCUGCACCUGCGAUCUAGAACAUAGUCUCAGUUGCCACCCUAUGCACGGCGAGUGCGCCUGCCAGCCGGGCUGGGCCGGCCUGCACUGUAACGAGAGCUGCCCACAGGACACGCACGGGCCAGGCUGCCAGGAGCACUGCCUGUGUCUGCACGGUGGCGUCUGCCUUGCCGACAGCGGCCUCUGCCGGUGCGCGCCGGGCUACACGGGACCGCACUGCGCUAACCUCUGUCCACCCGACACUUACGGGAUCAACUGCUCCUCCCGCUGCUCCUGCGAAAAUGCCAUCGCCUGCUCCCCCAUCGACGGCACAUGCGUUUGCAAGGAAGGUUGGCAGCGUGGUAACUGCUCUGUGCCCUGUCCCCCUGGCACCUGGGGCUUCAGUUGCAAUGCCAGUUGCCAGUGUGCCCAUGAGGGAACCUGCAGUCCCCAAACUGGAACCUGCACUUGCACCCCUGGGUGGCAUGGGGCUCACUGCCAGCUCCCCUGCCCGAAGGGGCAGUUUGGUGAAGGUUGUGCCAGUGUCUGUGACUGUGACCACUCUGACGGCUGUGACCCUGUUCAUGGAUACUGCCGAUGCCAGGCUGGCUGGAUGGGCUCACGCUGCCACCUGCCUUGCCCUGAGGGCUUCUGGGGAGCUAACUGCAGCAAUACUUGCACCUGCAAAAAUGGGGGUACCUGUGUACCCGAGAAUGGCAACUGUGUGUGCGCACCAGGGUUCCGAGGCCCAUCCUGCCAGAGGCCCUGCCAGCCUGGUCGCUACGGCAAACGCUGCGUGCCCUGCAAGUGCAACAAUCAUUCUUCCUGCCACCCUUCGGACGGGACCUGCUACUGUCUGGCAGGCUGGACAGGCCCCGACUGCUCUGAAUCGUGUCCCCCAGGCCACUGGGGACUCAAAUGCUCCCAAGCCUGCCAGUGUCAUCAUGGCGGAACCUGCCACCCCCAGGACGGGAGCUGUGCCUGCAGCCCAGGCUGGACCGGACCCUACUGCCUGGAAGGCUGCCCACCAGGAGUGUUUGGUGCCAACUGCUCCCAGCCAUGCCAGUGUGGUCCUGGAGAGAGGUGCCACCCAGAGACUGGGGCCUGUGUCUGUCCCCCAGGACACAGUGGUGCACCCUGCAAGAUAGGAAGCCAGGAGUCCUCCACCAUAAUGCCCACCUCUCCUGUGAUCCAUAACUCACUGGGUGCCGUGAUUGGCAUUGCAGUACUGGGCACCCUUGUGGUGGCCCUGGUAGCGCUGUUCAUUGGCUACCGCCAUUGGCAAAAGGGCAAAGAGCACGAGCACUUGGCAGUGGCUUACAGCUCUGGGCGGCUGGAUGGCUCGGAUUAUGUCGUGCCAGAUGUCUCUCCGAGCUAUAGUCACUACUACUCCAACCCUAGCUACCACACUCUGUCUCAGUGCUCUCCCAACCCCCCACCCCCUAACAAGGUCAGUGCAUUGUGGGGGGUGUGCUCUGCAGGUGGGUGGGGGCAACUCAUUUCUCAGGAAAGCCUCGACCCCGCACCUGUGCCCUCCCUCCCUGAGGCGUCCUUCCCCCAUCAGGUCCCAGGUGGUCAGCUCUUUGUCGGCUCCCAGGCACCCGAGCGGCCGGGCAGAGCCCAUGGGCGUGAUAACCAUGCUACUCUGCCCGCUGACUGGAAGCACCGACGAGAACCCCAUGACAGAGGUUCCAGCCACCUGGACCGAAGUUAUAGUUGUAGCUAUGGCCACAGGAAUGGCCCAGGACCAUUCUGUCAAAAAGGUCCCCCCUCUGAAGAGGGGCUGGGGGCAAGCGUUCUGUCCCUGAGCACCGAGAACCCCUAUGCUACCAUCAGAGAUCUGCCGGGCCUGCCUGGGGAACCUCGGGAGAGCAGCUAUGUGGAGAUGAAGGGCCCUCCGUCAGUGUCUCCUCCCAGGCAGCCUCUUCAUCUCCGGCACAGCCAGCGGCACCAACGGCAGCCACAGAGGGACAGUGGCACCUAUGAGCAGCCCACCCCCUUGAGCCAUAAUCAAGAGUCUGGGGGCUCCAUGCCCCCUCUUCCUCCAGGCCUGCCUCCUGGCCACUAUGACUCACCCAAGAACAGCCACAUCCCUGGACACUAUGACUUGCCUCCGGUACGGCAUCCUCCAUCACCUCCGCCUCGGCUCCAGGACCGCUGAGGAGCCAGCGUGGGAUGGGAUAGUGCCCGUAGACCCUGCCGGGAGCAGGGACUGGACCAGCAGGCCGUGAAGAAGCACAUUUGACGAAGUGAACGGAGAGACGCUUCCACCAAGGGAGACACUAGUUGGCCAACCGUCCAACUCCCUUUCUCCAGCCCACUGUUCGAGUCCCCGAGGCUCUGUGGACAUGGUUGCUGGGCUGAAUGUUGUUGUAUAUAAGUCUGAUUUUAGAUGGAUUUUAAAAGUAUGUGUUGGGUACCUUUUCUGUGUAUAUACCCAGGCGGGGCUGUGUGUGUGUGUGUGUGUCUAGUGGACUUCAGAGGGUGCCAGGCACAGGUUCUGCCUUGCGCACUUCCCAGGCGGCCAGCCUCCAAGCUUAACUAGCUCCAACAGCAGGCCCUUACUACCUGCCACCCUUCACGUGGUAAUCCUCCAUGUUUUUGCUGGGAGGGUUGCUCCCUGCCUGUGUGGUCCAUCCUCCUGGUACUCCUUGGGCUACACACAGUCAAAUUUCCCAGGCCUCAGUGGCCCUGCAGUCUACCUCUUCUGUCCCGUUCUACUCUUUUCUGGAGAGAAGGCUAUCUGCCAUCCUUCUUCCUCCCCCAGGGACUGGCACAUCUGAGUUCAGCCUUCCUGGGUCACCUGUUGACUCCUGCUUGUCCUUCAGGCACCCCACAGAGUCCCUACUCCACCCCACAUCUCUUCCUUUGUAGCUACUGGUUUCUUCUCCAUGCACCUGCAGAAGGCAGGGGUGGUACCAGGCAGGACUUGGAUUUAUUAGUUUGUUUUUGAGACAUUGUCUCACUAUGCAGCCCUGGCUCUCCUGGAGCUCUACUUUGUAGAUCAGGCCGGUCUUGAACUCAGAGGUCUGCCUGCCUCUGCCUCCUGAGUGCUGGGUUGAAAGGCAUGGGCCACACGCACUGCUAACUCAGGCUGCACUCUGAUGUGAUCUCCAUGGUCCUAGAUCAGCCCCUCUGCCUCCCCCUAGCAGGGAGGUGGACCGCAAGCUCCCCGGAUGCAGGACUCCAUGUUUAUGCUCACUGUUGGUUUCCCUUGGCACAUGGCAGUCAAUAAAUGUUCCUUUCAAAGCUGA